CCCCAAUCUCCAACUCUCCCAAAAUGCCUCUGCAGGAAAUUUCCAGCAAUGAUUUUCACUCAAUCGAACCCGGGUCUCAUAAAAGAAUCUAUUCUGAAAUUGACGAGACCGAGGAUACCAUAGCCAAUAAACACGUCAAGUUGAAUCCUGAAGCACGAGUGAAGGAUCUCGAGGCACAAAUCUACGAAUUACAUGAAUUCAUUCUGAGCAAAGACCUGGCAUCUGAAGCACCACCGUCGAUCCGCGAGCGUCUAGAAGCUCACGAUGGAGCUGCUCAGAAACUCAGCGACUCUAUUCGCCGCCGGAUCGAUGAAGUAUAUGAGCCACUCUGGGAGGGCAGCUGCAACGGAAGAAAGACCGGUAUUUCAUCGGUCGAUAUUGCCGACGCAAUGGUUGAUUUUGUCCCCGAGAUCAGACGCCUUGCCAACAUUAAUGGGAGUUUGAAUCUGGCAUUUGAUUUGAUGAUGCAUUUAGCAAACCACUAUUAUGGGGAGUUGGAUGGAGGUGGCGACGGUGGGGAUCAGCUGUGUGAUGGACCGGCUGAUGACCUCCUAGUGCAGAUUCUUCAAAGGAUGGAGGAGGAGGUGUUAUGUUUCAAGCCGGAGAAGGAACUCGCUACUCUGAAGGCUCAUGCCAAGGAGCUUGAUGACUAUGGACUUGUGCAUUUGCACAUCUUCAGGGUAUCCGUGCACCAUUUUCAGCAGGUCUCGUCAACCCGAUAUUCGUCGCGUCUUCCGAGACUACCUUUCAAUCUUUUGUUCUCCAAGGUUAUUUCUCCAUUGCGCGCUGCACCUUCAUCAAUCACUAUUCCGUCCGUUGAGAGGCCCAGCUCCUUGGUGGAAGGCUUCAUACAGAGUACCCCAAACAAAGCAGCAAAAUUAGAAUUGAAAGAUGAGAGGAUCAAGGAGCUCGAGGCCAAGCUAGUGGAGCUUUACCAAUUCAUCAUCGAAGAGAACAUGCUCGCGAAGGCCAAUCCUCUCGUACGCCAACAGAUCCAAAACCACCCCGGUGCCGCUAAAAGAUGCGAUACUGCCAUCAAGACUUGGAUCAUCACUGCUUACGAGAAAUCCAAGGAUGAUGAACGUUUCGACAGAGCAAGCUCUGCCAUGGCCAAAUUCGUCCCCGAGAUUGAGCAAUUAUCAGAGGUGCUGGAAAGCCUAGAACUGGGGUUCAAUCAGGUUCUAUUUCUUGGAAACAUUCAUUACAUCGCGAUGAUAGUGACAAAUAUCAUGGCCAAGAAAAUGAUGAAGAAGGAUCCCAACUUUAUGCCAACGCAAGAAGUUGUUCGGCUUGAAGAACAGAUUCAAGAUUUGAAGCAAAAGAAGGAGGUUGGAGCCCACUUCCCAGACUCUUUUGAUCUAAUGUGGAGCUGGGUUGAAGGCCUUGAGACGGUGCACACUUUCCCCGACGCCAUCAAAGCAGAGAUCUCCGCAGAAUAUGCUCAUAUAAUUAUUGGGGAAAAAAAGAUGAAAAAAAGGUUGUGGACUACCAGAUUUGAUGCCUGGGACGGGCUUGCAACUUUUGACCUAGUUCUUUACUUGGGCAGGCAUUCUUACUUGGAGGCACCGUACCAAUUCCGGAACCGAUCGCGUUCGCGCUUGGACACAGCUAUGGAUGUUCUUUUGGAAGUGGCAACUGCGACCAAGGAAAAGCAGCCCGGCUUCAGACCUCAACGAGUGGCUGAUGCCCUGAGAUGCGAAAUCGAAUUUUUAGCAGAGACCGAGGUACAGACCUACUUCGCGAAGUCCUUCAACUUACUUUCUAGCUGGCUGCCAGAGCCCUCCAAAGCAUACGCUGAAGAGGUCCAAAAUGAAAUUAUGGCAAGGAUCUCGAAGGCACACAAAGUACAAGAGAAAAGGCUGGAGGUCUAUGCUCUGGAUCAGAAAUGUCCAAUGCCAGACUGGCUUGGAGGCAAGAGGGUAGAGUUUUUCGAGGAUGUAAACGCUCUCGGCCAAAAGGUGGAAGGGGUGCUCCCGGCCAUUGAUCUCCUGAUACAUCUCGGCGAAUGCUCAUACCCGAGGAAAGAACUCUGCGGGCCAUUGUACGGCCGGUCGAUGAAGGAGAAUAUGAGCCGAUGCGAAUUCGACAAGGAAGGCUGACACUCUAUUCGAGGAAUUGAUUGUUAUGGCAGUGAAAGAGAAUAAGACUGUCAGAUUUUCGAAACAGGUUGCUAGGCUCAAGAAGUAGAUCGACUAUCUAGCUAGAUACGAAAAUAAGGGCUACUUCUUGAGAACACAUGACUUGAUGUGCGGUUUAGCAUAAGCAGUUGUGUAGGGGAUUAGUUUCUCAAUGUAGAUCUAUAUGGCGGUUUCUUGAGGGUAGAGACUAGACUUUGGCAAUAGUUCUGCCUCAGUCAAGCAACUAUAGGACAGCAGCGCAAGAAAAAUUAUACAGAACUCUGUUGAGCC